AUGAAGACGUUAGUCUUCGUAAACCGAUGCCUGCGUCGCAUUCUCGAAAUUUACUGGCCCGAGAUAAUCUCCAACAUAGAGCUUUUGGAGAAAUGCCACGAAAGCCCAAUCGACCGACAGAUCAAGCGCCGCAAGUGGGGAUGGAUACGCUCCGAAGGGGUCCUAGCCACAUACCUAAGCAAGCCUUGGAUUGGGAUCCCCAAGGGAAAAGAAAGCGUGGCCGUCCACGGCACCACACCACGCACCGUACUGGCAGAAGCGACGAGCAUCGGUAUGACGUGGAGUGAGGUGAAGCGUGAAGCUCAAGACAGAUCGCGAUGGAGAACUUCAGUGUACGCCCUCUGCCCCAUCUAG